AUGGACCAAAUCAUAGCAUUAUCGUCAUCAGAGGAAUAUGAAGAAGAAAAGCAAGAUGAGAUAAUUGACAACACCAAUAUUACUGAAGAGGAAAGUAAACAGAAAUUUUUAGCACCUUAUGUCAAAGCCCCAGACUACAGUGAAUACAAUAAGUGCAACUUAACAAACAGACCAGAUUGCAUAAAUCUUAUCAGGGAAGUGAAGAAGACGAAAGAUCUGGAUAGUUCCGGAUUCAUGAAAUGGCUUCUUAUGAGAACAGUACCAAAUAAUCAUACCAAAAUAUUAGCCAAUGCCGAUCGAAUUCAACAGUUUACCGAAAAGCGACAAUUGGCAAGAUGGAUAAAAGAAAAAUACCUUGGAAAGGAUGCAGAUAGCAUUUUCAAACAAGGGGCAAGCAUUUCAGCACAUAUUAAUCAAGUUGAAUGUUUUGAAUCGACAGAAGAUCAUUUACCUUUAUUCGCUAAAAGAUGUUUUAAUAUCAAUUUUACAAAACUAGAAAAGCAUAUUUCGAAUGCCUUAAACGGGAACAAACCAGGUGCAAUCUACUGCGUUUAA